GUCAGUAGAGGAAGGAGAAAAGCAAAACUAGCCAAAAACCUGCCUGUUUGUCCACGUUACUAAAUAGCUCUCAGUUCCUUUAAAUAGCCUACAGCAAAGAAACCCGAUCUUGGGAGUUUUCUCUCAGAAAAAAAGAGACAUGGCCCUUUAAAUGUUAAGCCGAACCCCUUCUAUGCAGAAGUGAGUGACGUUGUUUACCUGUCGGCAGGUAGAUUCGGGUGUUACUGCGGGAGAGGCUGAUGAUGCAUAUUUUCAAAAGGAGUUUUAACAUUUUUACAGAGACAGAAGUUGGAUUAUAGUACAUUCGUAAUAGAUACCUAUUGGAUUUAUAGUUUUGAAAUCUGCGGUGCCUAUUUUAUCAGCGCUUCGCGAGACUGAUUUGCAUAAAUCCUGAAAGGUUUUUGCCACAACAUACGGGAAUUCUCGAACAGGUGCCUGAAGGGGAAGUACAGUGGCUAAAAAGUGUCCAUCUGGAUGAGAUGCGAUGGGAAAAUCAUCGACAUGACAGAAAAUUGUGUUUGAUGACCUCACUUCACCAUCCGAUGUUAUAUGCCUACUAUUCAGGAAAUAAGUAGACUUUUCAAACAGGAUGGCAUUAAAGCGUUCGUCUUCCAUGAAGACCCAGCUGGUCGAUGCCAUCCAGCUUCAGGAAGUGGAGCUGGAGGAGGAGAUCAACACCCGUAGCAGUAAUAACACUCCUGCCGAAGCUGCUGAGGCCAAAGCCCAAACAGAACCGAAAUGCUACACCGUGGAGGAGGCUGUGGAGACCAUCGGCUUUGGACGCUUCCAUAUAUUGCUUUUUGUCAUCAUGGGUAGUGCCAAUAUAGUGGAGGCAAUGGAGAUCAUGUUGUUGGCUGUGGUUUCUCCUGAGAUCCGCUGCGAAUGGCGUCUGGAGGAUUGGCAGGUGGCCCUGGUCUCCACGAUGGUGUUUCUCGGUUUCAUGGUCUUUGGGGUCCUCUGUGGCUAUGUUGCUGACAAAUAUGGACGUUGGAAGGUGGUGUUUGGAGGCUUUAUAUGGGCAUCAUAUUUUUCUCUGCUCACUUCAUUCUCUCCAUCGUAUGGCUGGUUCAUCUUUCUACGCUGUAUGGUGGGCUGCGGUGUCGCGGGAACAUCUCAAGGGUUUGUCUUGAAGACUGAAUUCAUCCCGGCCAAAUACAGAGCGUUUCUGCUGCCUCUUGCCUCAAUCUUCUGGAUGCUGGGAUCUAUGCUUAUUAUUAUUCUCGGUAUGACGGUGGUGCCCACGAUGGGUUGGCGCUGGAUGAUCCGUUUUUCUAUCAUCCCCAGCAUCAUUCUCAUUGGACUCUUCAUGUUUAUUCCCGAGUCUGCACGGUUCCAGGUCUCAGCAGGGAACAUACAAGGAGCCAUGUCUACCCUUAACUGGAUCGCAAAGAUGAAUGGCGCCACCUUACCUGAAGGAGAACUACGGGAACCUGAAGUGACAGAAAGAGGAAAUGCUGUCACUCUGAUCAGCCCGGCUUUUAGAAGAACAUCACUUUUGCUGUGGUACUCAUGGUUUGUGGCCUCCUUCUCUUAUUAUGGCUCGGUUCUGAGCAGUUCUGAGUUAUUGGAGAAGAAUCUUCUGUGCAUGACAGACGCUGAUCCAGAGCACCAGAUCAAACACAACCAGGAGGAGGCACUGUGUUACUGUAUCCCAUUCAACAUGGCUGAUUACCAGACUCUCCUCAUCAGCUGUCUGGGCGAGGUGGCACUCAUACCCCUCAAUAUUGGCUUGUUAAAUAUAUUUGGGCGGAAGCCCAGUAUGGUCAUACUUCUGGUGCUGUCGGCGAUUUUCUUCAUGCUUGUUAAUAUCUGUACAACAAUGUUUGGUUUCACUGUACUGCUCUUCCUUCUCCGCUCUGUGGUUUCCAUGAAUUUUAAUGCGGUCUAUAUUUACACAGCAGAGGUUUAUCCCACGGCUGUGCGCUCACUUGGAAUGGGCUUUUGCACAUCCUUCAGUCGAGUUGGAGGAAUGAUCGCACCUUUUAUUGCACAGGUGUUAAUGUCUAAGUCUGUAAUUCUGGCCCUGUCACCGUUCGCCACAGCAUGUGUGAUUUGUGCGGUGGGAGUGGCAUUUUUGCCCAUUGAGACCAGAGGACGUGCAUUACUGCAAGAUGCCUGAAAUACGCCUGAUGGAAAUGAAGGACAAUUGCACUUUGUAACAAAACAUGAUCUCAUAUUAAAGCUGGAACAAUUUUCUAUGAAUUUUAAUGUUGCCUGUUUUGCGUUUUCAUGAAUAAUUUAGCAAAAUCUGUUAAAACACUAUUUC